AUGUCUAAGGAUCCUGCUGUGAGAUGGCGAAUUGUCGUUUCAAGGGACAGAUCAUUAUCCAAAGAUACUUUUGUUUACAGUAACAAAGCUACAAAAAUCUAUUGCAGACCAUCAUGCCCGUCGAGGUUGUCUCGAAGGUCAAAUGUCGACUUUUAUGAUACUCCGGAAGAGGCGGAAAGUGCUGGCUUUAGGGCCUGCAAAAGGUGUAAACCCCAGCUCAGCCAUAACACUUUGACAAACAGGACCGAGCUAGAAAGCGCCCCCGAGUAUUAUAAGGAUACCAACCGCGGAGUAAUUGAUUAUCCUCAACAUAAGCUGAUAGUGCGAAAGGCGUGCCAGUCAAUGGUGUUGAACGGUGGUCCAAAAAGAUUGAAGGAACUUGCUGCUGAUGCUGGUUUAACUGAAAGUCAUUUUCAUAGAGUUUUCAAGGGGAUAACCGGCGUUACCCCCCGAAGAUAUGGCUUAGGAGUAGCUUCAGUGAGGAAUGAAGAAGGAAAGGCUUUUUUGAAAUUUUUAGGAAGUCAGAACAUUGACAUCAAUAUGUCAGACAAUGUUCAGCCCGCCACUAAUGAUGAGAAGCACCUCAGUAUUACUAGCUUGGAGAGCGUAUCGACCAUAACUAGCACAUCCAGUUUACUUAGCGAAAUCAACAGUGCGGAUACUAUAAGCAGCUCAAAUAUUUUAACACCAUUCAAAACUUUUUUGCCCAACCUAGAAGAUAUCAAUUUUCCAGAACUCGAAAAUUUAAAUAGUCUGAGCUUUUCCUGGAAUUCUCCUUUUGAUAUAGAAGAUUUUGACUCGUCUAGCAAUUCUUUUCUUUCUUUAUGA